AUGGGUUGCAUUAGCUCCAAGAAUGUGGUUGCCAAAGCUUAUUCUCCAUCUCCGACAGUGGUUGCUAGUUCCAAUGGUUUUCCAACUUCCACCAAGGGUCAUUCUGCAUUGAUGAUUUUGGAUUCAAAAACAGUUUCAGAGGAUGAAAGGAACAACAAGUUUAAGAAAAAUAGUUCGAAGAAGAGUAAUGGGUCUUUGACCUUAAGGCUUGGGUUGGUUCAAAGGAAUGUUGAGGCUGAACAAAAUGCUGCUGGUUGGCCUCCUUGGCUCACUACUGUUGCAGCAGAAGCCAUUCAAGGAUGGAUCCCCCUCAAAGCUGAUUAUUUUCAGAAGUUAGAAAAGAUUGGUCAAGGUACAUAUAGCAGUGUGUUCCGAGCCCGUGAAGUUGAAACUGGAAAGAUGUUUGCUUUGAAAAAGGUGCGCUUUGACAAUUUUCAACCUGAGAGCAUUAGGUUUAUGGCAAGAGAAAUAACAAUCCUUCGUAGGCUUGAUCACCCUAACAUCAUGAAAUUGGAGGGCAUAAUCACUUCUCGCCUAUCAAAUAGCAUAUACCUUGUGUUUGAAUACAUGGAGCAUGAUCUUGCUGGCCUAGUUUCACGUCCUGAUAUUGUGUUCUCUGAAACACAGAUAAAAUGUUACAUGAGGCAACUUUUAAGUGGACUCGAGCAUUGUCAUAUGCGUGGUAUUAUGCACAGAGACAUCAAAGUGUCAAAUAUCUUAUUGAACAAUGAAGGUGUUCUCAAGAUAGGAGAUUUUGGAUUAGCAAAUACAAUCACUACAAAUAGCAAACAUCAUUUGACAAGUCGUGUUGUAACUUUGUGGUAUCGUCCUCCUGAGCUAUUGAUGGGAUCAACCAACUAUGGAGUGUCAGUGGAUUUAUGGAGUGUUGGUUGUGUAUUUGCAGAACUUUUUCUUGGGAAGCCUAUCCUUAAAGGGAGAACUGAGGUUGAACAGUUGCACAAAAUUUUUAAGUUGUGUGGUUCUCCACCUGAGGAGUUCUGGAAAAAGAACAAGCUUCCUCAUGCAACAAUGUUUAAGCCUCAGAUAAAUUAUGAAAGUUCUCUUCGAGAAAGAUGUGCAGAUUUUCCUGCAUCUGCUAUAAACUUACUUGAGACUUUAUUAUCCAUUGACUCAAGUAAUAGAGGAACUGCUUCAUCUGCCUUAAUGUCUGAGUAUUUUAGCACCAAGCCAUAUGCUUGUAGCCCAUCAAGCCUGCCAAAGUAUCCCCCUAGCAAAGAAAUGGAUGUAAAAUCUCAGGAAGAAUCAUCCAGAAAAAAGACUGAAGGUAAAAUGAGAGAGGUUGCAACAUCAAGAAGACAACAAAGACGAAUCACUAAAACUUUGCAGGAUCCAAACAAUUUCGGUAAAGCAACUUCAAAAGAGGACAUGCAAAAUGGUGGUAGAAAUGAUGGUAAAGCACAUCUUACAAAGGGAAAAGGAGGAGCCAUGUACAAAGAACACAGUAAACCUCCAUUGGAUGUUAUGUCUGAGACUUCCCAAGUGAUGAAUGUUGUUAAUGGAAGUGGUUAUAGUGUGCCAAUACAAGUCCCAGGAUCUAAUGAUGCCUAUACAUGGGUAAAAAGAAGAAAACAAGAUGCAUCAUCAACUCUCUCAGAUGGCUCAAGAAGCAAAAUUAGUGCAUUGGAUCCAAACUUCGCCAAAGGAACAUAUGAUUUAACUACCCAAAGGGUGUCAAUGGAUUUUGAUCCUGCUGAGUUGGUGAAUGCUCAGGGUGGCAAAGAACAUGAUCCACAUUGGAAAGAAAAUGGCACCCGACAUGCAAUUCGUAAAUCAAGAACAAUUGAGGAAAAAAAAAUUGUUAUGUGGUGGAAACUGGAAAGGAAUUGCUUGAGGUAUAUGCUACUGGUAGGAUGUGCCUUGUGUGAACUGACAAGGCUUGGCAAAGGUGCCACGGGUGUGGGCUGGGGCAGCAUUUCAAUCAGGGGGAAUAAGUAA